AUGGCAUCUCAUAUUAAAAUAAAUAACGAUCCAAAAUACAAGAUUGUUAAAAAUAUUCAACAACAAUUAGAAGAAAAAUUUUAUCCUCAACUUUUAUCACUUACUAGUGCAGGAGAGAAAUGGUUAAAAACAAUUGAAGAAAUGAAUACUGCAACUAAAGGUUAUCUAUCAACACUCAAUGAAUUUUCUAAAACUAGCCCAGAUAAUUGUGAUGAUGCAAAAAUCUCAUCUAAUCAAACAAAAGAAAUUGCAAGAAAUUUUGAUCUUGUUUUAAAAGAAUACACUGAAAGCAUUGAGUGUAUCAAAAAAUUUGUUUCUAAACUUCAAGCACAAUCUAAGAGAGAAAAAGGUCAUAUAGCAACAAUGAAAGAAACAUUUGAUCAACAGGUUAAAAAAAAGAAUGCUUUAUUGAAGAAGAAAAAAAUUACUAAUGAUGAUGUUCAAGAAUUUUUAGAUGCAUCAUUAGAAGAUCAUAGAAAUAUUGCAAGAAUAAGAUAUGAAUUUGUAAAAAGAUUUAACAAAGAAAUAACAGUAAAGCAAUGUGAAUUUUAUAAAAAUGCUAUACAACUUAUUGAUCCUAGUUGUACAAAUACAAGACACAAUACAUUAUCAAAAGAAGAUAAGGUUGCUAUAAAAAAUGAAAGUAAUAAAGAAGAUGAAAAUCUUGAUAAACAAUUAAUGGAUGCUGCAGAAGAAAUUAAAAAUAUAGUUCAGGAGGAACAUAAUAAUAACGUUAUUAAUAUUCAAGAAAUAAAUACAACUGAUACUGAAAGUAUACCUUCACAUGUAAAUUCAACUUUAUGUCAACUUUAUCAUGAAGAACUUCCUGAAAUGCCUUUUACUAAAGAUUCAACUUCUUUAAAAAGUCAUUCUACAGUUAUUGAAGAUUUUAAAUCUACUCCAAUUGUUAAUGAAAAGAAAGAAAUUAAAAUUACUCAUGAUUAUGAAAAUAAUAUUUCAAAGCAAAAAGAUGUUGUUGAGGAAUUUGAAAGAAAAAUAAAAGAAUCUAAGCAAACAAAUUCUUCACCAAUAAACCCAAAAAUAACAACAAAAUCAAAAAAAGAUAUUGAGAAAGAAACAACAGAACAUCAUCAUUCACAUCAUCAUAUAUCAUCUUACCUACCAAUACAUAAAGAAACACAUGUAAAACAUCAUAGUACAUCAUAUGCUGAAAGAGAUAUGUAUCAAGAUAGAAUUCCAAUUCCUGCACCUGAUUAUGAUAAUCAACCUAUACCAAUUUUUAAAUAUAAUACAUGGGAGUAUGGAAAUUUAGUUGUAGCUAAAAUAUAUUAUUCACCACGAUCAAGAGCUGAAUUAGGACUAGAAGCAGGAAAGAAAUAUUUCUUUAUGAAAGGUGGUAAUCGUGGAUGGAUAUUUUGUCGUGAUCUUGAUACAUCAAGAAGUGGUUGGUGCCCAAGCGACUUUGUAGACCUUUUUCAACGAUAG